AUGUGGGCUGUAUUGGUUCUUGUAGGUGCCGCAGCUGCUUCAGCUCCACUUCACACUCACCACUUUGAUGGAGAGAAGGUGUUUCGUGUAACACCACACAAUGAAGAGCAGGUAGAAUUCCUCAACACCUUGGCCAGCAACAUGCAGAUUGAUUUCUGGAAUCCAGAGACCAUCACACAAGUAAAACCAGAAAUGAGAGUUGACUUCCGGGUUGAAGCGGACAAGUCCUUUGAUGUUCAGAGUCUCCUGGAGCAGAGUGGAGUGGAAUAUGAAAUUCUGAUCGACAACCUGCAGACGGUACUUGAUGCUCAGUUUGACAGCAAUGUUCGUGCUACUGGACACAAUUAUGAAAAAUACAACAACUGGGAAAAGAUAGCUGCUUGGACUGCUGACAUUGCUGCUCAGAAUGCAAACCUUGUCUCUCGCACUCAGAUCGGGACUACAUUUCAGGGACGGCCCCUAUACCUCCUCAAGGUGGGGAAAAGUGGUUCAAACAAAAAGGCCAUCUUUAUGGAUUGUGGUUUCCAUGCAAGAGAGUGGAUCUCCCCUGCAUUCUGCCAGUGGUUUGUGAAAGAGGCUGUUAGUACCUAUGGAAGUGAUACCCUUAUGACACGACUUCUCAACAACUUGGAUUUCUACGUCCUUCCUGUCCUUAAUAUUGAUGGCUAUGUCUACACCUGGACCAAUUACCGCAUGUGGAGGAAGACACGUUCCACAAACUCUGGCAGCAGAUGCAUUGGUACCGACCCCAACAGGAAUUUUAAUGCUGAGUGGUGCAGGAUUGGUGCUUCAAAAAAACCAUGCGAUGAAACUUAUUGCGGCAGCGCCCCUGAGUCCGAAAAGGAGACCAAGGCUCUGGCUGACUUUAUUCGUAAAAAUCUCUCCACUAUCAAGGCAUACUUGACUAUUCAUUCCUAUUCCCAGAUGCUGUUGUUUCCUUAUUCUUAUACUUACUCCCUUCCAGAGAACUAUGCAGAGCUGAAUACCAUUUCUAAAGCUGCAGUUAAAGAGCUGGCUUCAUUGUAUGGCACAAAAUAUAACUUUGGUGCAGGUGCUUCAACAAUCUAUCCUGCUGCUGGUGGCUCUGAUGACUGGGCUUAUAAUCAGGGUAUCAAGUACUCUUUCACCUUUGAGCUCCGUGAUACGGGUAGAUAUGGAUUUGCACUCCCUGAAUCUCAGAUAAAGCCAACCUCUGAAGAGACUCUGAAAGCUGUUAAAUAUAUUGCCAAUUAUGUCCUUGACCAUUUAUAUUAG